GCCUUGCCGGUCUCGCUAGGAUGUUUGCAGUUGGCACUCCGAAUCUCACGUCUGCCCUCAAUCUUUUGAAUUUGGCCACCAUUGUUGAGCCGAAUGGGCCCAUUUACAAUGGCCCCGGAGCUGAAAAACCAAAAAUACCCUUUUCUCUGCGCCCACUGGAGUUUCACGAACGAGAAGCCGUUGAUAAGGCAAAAAAGUACGCAAUGGAACAAAGUAUCCGCGCCGUGUUGCUGCGUCAAACUCAGUCGCAGCAGUCGCAACAACUCAACAAUAUUAAAAAGAACCAGACCGUGGCUCUGUUGAACCGAGUCUAUGUCGGCUCCAUUGCGUACGAUGUCAAGGAGGACAGUCUGCGACAAAUGUUCGCCUCCUUUGGUCCGUUGAAGACAGUAAGCAUGAGCUGGGACCCAGCCACACAAAAGCACAAGGGGUUUGCUUUUCUCGAGUUCGAAUAUCCUGAGGCUGCUCACCUUGCUAUUGAACAGAUGAAUAAUACCAGUUUUGGCGGUCGGCAAUUAAAGGUCGGGCGACCCAGUAAUCUGGCAAAUGCUGAUCCAAUCAUUGCUGAUCUUGUUGCCGAGUACAAAUUGCAAAAUCGGGUCUACGUAUCAGGCAUUCACCUUGAUUUGACGGAAGAUGACGUGGCACUGGUGUUUGAAGCCUUUGGAAAGAUUGUUUUUUGCAGAUUAUUGGUUGAUCCCAAUUCCGUGGACCGUCAUCGGGGUUUCGGUUACAUUGAGUACGAAAACACUCAGAGUGCGAAUGAUGCGGUAGCCAGCAUGAAUCAGUUCAAUUUAGGUGGGCAGCUGUUACGAGUAUGCAAAGCCAUAUCACCUCCUGACGGGAUUUCCAACGCCAGUGCGUCCGCAUUGCCUCCUGCUGCGGCAGUUGCUGCCGCCUCAGUUACAGCCAAAGUUCUAUCAAUGGAGACGGAGCAGCUUCCAAUCAAUGCUACACAGUCACCGUCUCAGUCGAACAUGUCCGGCGACUCUACACUCGGCAUAUAUUCGGCUGAGAUCGCAUUACCUCUGGGUGUUCGGUGCCCAACCACGCGCAGCUCGCAUGUUACGGGAUUCCAGUUACAAAGUCCAUCUUCAUUGAACCACUCACCUCUACGCCAACCACAGUUGGUCACACCCCAGUCACUGUGCUCCUGGGACUCGGCUGCACAUCAAACGACGAAUGCAUCCCUGACCGGAUUCUCUCCGACUGACAUUCCAGUACCAUCGGAGAAUUCCGUUGGUAUAGGCAAAAGGAGCUCAUUCGUCGAUGCGCCGAUGCCACCACCACCCGUCCCUGGCAUCCUCGUCUUGCGCAAUAUGGUUGGCCCCGAAGAUUGCGACGACGAACUCGAGGAUGAGGUUGUGGGCGAAUGUUCUCAGUACGGCCACGUGGAACGCGUGCUUCUCCACCAACAAUUGGACACGCAAACGAACACAAUUAUUGUCAAAGUGUUUGUCCACUUCUCCACCUAUGACGCUGUGCAGAGGGCUGUGGAAGCUCUCAACGGACGUUACUUUGCUAGGCGACAAAUUAUCGCUGAACCGUAUGAUCUUCACGCUUUUGCUUCGAACGAUUUUUCACAUUGAUGGAUUGCCUGUCAGCACACACUGUCUCUAUCAGUAAAAGUGUACAUACGUUUAA